GAAUCUCUCUCUCUCUCUCUCUCUCUCUCUCUCUCUCUCUGAAACAUGUCUACUGAAGGAGGAUCAGGAAUGGUUGUAGGCGAUAAGUACCGAUCUCACAUACAUGGAGAGGGAGAAGAGAACACCCAAUGGAGGUACGGUGGCCCACCUACCUUUGAUCUCGUUGACAAACUUUUUGAAGAAGGACGUACCCAGGAAUGGCCAAAAGGAUCAUUAGAAGAAAUCGUCCAAAAUGCUAUUAAGACAUGGGACAUGGAAAUCUCUCACAAGACACGCUUACAAGACUUCAAAACCCUAAAUCCUGAAAAAUUCAAGUUAUUCGUUAAUGGAAGAAAAGGAUUUUCGGCAGAAGAAAUAAUAAAGAUUGGGAGCUACAAUGCGUUGUUGCAGAAUUCUCUGCCGGAGGAGUUCCAAUACUACAAAGUUGAGGAAGAGAGCUUCGAGUCGUCUCACGAUGUAUUCCGCGCGGCUUUGCCUCGAGGGUUCGCAUGGGAACUCUUGAGACUUUACUCCGGCCCACCUGUGAUAGUUUUCAAGUUCAGCCACUGGGGUUUCAUGGAAGGGCCUUACAAAGGACAUGGUCCUACUGGUGAGAAGGUUGAGUUCUCUGGGAUGGCUGUUCUUAAGGUGGAUGAGUCUAUGAGAGCAGAAGAAGUGGAGAUAUACUACGAUCCUGGGGAGCUGUUCAGUGGACUUCUAAAGGGGCCUCUCAUCUCUUCUGACCACUCCUUGGCUUCUGCCUCCCUUCAAGCCUGUCCUUUCUUCAAGGGAGAUUGAUUAUUUACAUCCUUUCUCCUCUUUUCAUUUCAAGUUUAGCUAAUAUCGCUUCUUCAUAAAGACUUUUCUUUCAGCUGUUGUUACAUCACGUAUGUGUUAUUUUCCGUCUGGGGAAUCCCCAACACAUCUAUGGUUUGUGUACUUUUUGUUUUUGUUUUUUUUUUUUUCCUUUUCAUCCUUUCAAUAAAAUAGUUCGUUUUAAAUUCACGUGGUUAUGAACCUUGUAAAUGUACUGAUUUUUGGGAAAUCCAUUAAUCCUGAUGUGUAACGUCAGCUGAGCGGAUCGAAUGGCAUAUACACAAUUUGGUGGA